UUUUCCUAAACGACGUCGUUGCACUCAGUCCUCUCCGUCUCCUUCCUCCCACCCAGUCAGUUACACACAACGAGACCAAAUCAAACACCCAUCUCGCUCGCUCUCUCUCUCUCUCUCUCUCUCUCUCUCUCUCAUAUCAUUGGUGUUAAUUAUUUGAAUUAAUUGGUUUAAAGGAUCCAAAAUUCCAGUAUUCGUUGAAUUGGGACGGUUGAAACUGGUUUUGUCUUCUUCACUCUUCAUUCGUCACCCCGCUCCUCCCACAACCGCCGUAUCUCUGCUUUUUCCGGCGAACCACGUCGACACUAAAAUGGACGAGCCCCUACUCCCUUACGUGAGUCCAAGGAAAAGCCGCCCAUCUCCCCUCUUUCCUCUCCCUGAAGAGGACGAAGUGGCUCUCCCUCUCACCCCUUCUGAGUUCAAAGACCGUCUCAUCUUCGGCCCUUCUUCUUCAUCCCCCAGCGACUCUUCUCCUCUUCUCAUCGACGCCCUAACCCUAACCAUAAACUCCCCCAAGACCUCCUCUUCCAUUGACCAAGACCCACUCUUACAGCCCCAACUACAACCAUGGUUGGUCGACCCCCAAUCCAAUUGGCCCAAAACCAAUCUCCAUCGCUCCAAAACCAAUCUCCACCGCUCCAAAACCGCCCCCGCCAUGGCUGUCAUCAACGAUUUCCAACACCCUUCUGUGCCCAGACCCCAAUUCAGGUCGCCCUCCAUUGUUAGGCAGGGUUUUGUUCUUCUUAUUGUCUAUUUGUUGCUUGGUAUUGCCAUUUACUGGUUUAAUCGCGAUGAUUUCUCCGCAGAUGAGACACACCCGGUUGUUGAUGCAUUGUAUUUUUGUAUUGUGACAAUGUGCACAAUUGGGUAUGGUGAUAUCACCCCUGUUAGUACUUCCACCAAGUUGUUUUCCAUUUUGUUUGUGUUGGUGGGUUUCGGGUUUAUUGACAUAUUGCUUAGUGGGAUGGUUAGUUAUGUGCUUGAUUUGCAAGAGAAUUAUCUUCUUAGGAGUGCUAAGGGUGUGGGACAGCGCGAUACUGGAUCCUAUAUAAUUGAUGUGAAGAAGGGGAGAAUGAGGAUUCGGAUGAAAGUGGCUUUAGCAUUGGGGGUUGUGGUUCUUUGUAUUGGAAUUGGCGUGGGUGUUAUGCAUUUUGUGGAGGAGCUUGACUGGUUGGAUUCAUUUUAUCUCUCUGUCAUGUCAGUUACCACAGUUGGAUAUGGGGAUCGGGCAUUUAAGUCGAUGCCCGGCCGCAUUUUUGCAUCAAUUUGGUUGCUUGUGUCAACACUUGCUGUUGCUAGAGCAUUUCUUUACUUGGCAGAGGCAAGAGUUGAUAAGCGGCAUAGGAAGAUGGCAAAAUGGGUGCUUGGUCAGGACAUGACUGUUGCUGAGUUUCUUGCUGCUGACAUUGACAACAAUGGUUUUGUGAGUAAAUCAGAAUAUGUCAUAUACAAGCUCAAGGAGCUGGGAAAGGUAUCUGAGAAAGACAUUUCGCAGAUCUGUAACAAGUUUGACAGGCUAGACAGUGGCAACUGUGGAAAGAUAACUCUUGCUGAUCUCAUGGAGAAUCAUCACUGACAGGUAUCAAAAUGGUGCUUCUUAAGUGGAAUAAAGCAGUGGGCACCAUAGAAAUUUCCCCUUAGAAUAACCCUCUGCCAAAAUGUUUAUAUGGUAGAGGCAACAAAAACGUAUUGGUUACUGAGUUAUAAUUCAAGUUGCACACAAGUGCAAAAACAGACAACUUGGACGGUUCCCAUUAUAAUCGUACAUGUCCGAAACUGGUUCAAAAUCACAAUUCAUCUCCCAGAAACCACUACUCAUGAUGGUAGUCGUAUCCUUUGAUUAGAGGGCUCCAAGUAAUCUGGGCAUCUUGCAAGGUGAGGGUCUAGAUAGUUAGUACAAAAAAUUUUCAGUACAUAAAAUGUGGGUCUUAUUCUUUUGUUGAUAUUUGCAGAUAAAAGAUGGAUGUAGUCAGUAAUAUAAAUCUAUUUUUUGCUCCUUUUUGGAAGGCAUAAACUUCUAUUUCCCUGGUAUACAGAAUGUAAAUGUAAAUGAAGGACUUGAAGUCUCUUUCUCUUCUUGUUUUCCUCCCAUCUAAAACAUCCCAUUUUUGCUAAUUGUAAAUAUAUGUUCUUUAUUUUUCCUUGGGUGCAUCAACUAGACUGAUGAAUCAAUUCAAUUGACUUUUGAGAUCAAGUAAAGGAAAAUUAGGUCA